CCCCCUCCCCGCCGGCCCCUCAGUAACUUGGCCGCCUUUUAUCGGGCGGGCGGCGAGGCGGGGAGUUUAUUGGAGCCGGAGCCGCGGCGCGGCCGGGGCGGGCAGCGAGCUCGGCGGAGGGCGGGGGGCCCGGCGCGGCCCGGGACGAUGCUGCGGCUGGUGUCGCUGAAGUUGGGGCGGCUGUACCGCUACGUGAAGCUGGCGGUGCUGGGCAGCCUGGCGGCGGCGCUGGUGCUGAACACGCACUCGCUGCUGGCCUCGCUGCAGCGCAACGAGCUGUCGGAGCGGCGCUUCCUGCAGCUCAAUAAGUGCCCGGCCUGCUGGGGCACCAGCUGGUGCCGCAAGUUCCUCAACGGGCAGCUGCGGCUGGAGAGCUGGGGCCGCCUGCGCCUGCUGGACUUCUUCAACGUGAAGAACGUGUACUUCGCGCGGUACGGGGAGCCCCGCGAGGGCUCCCGCCGCGUCGUGCUGAAGCGCCUGGGCUCGGCGCAGGAGCUCGCCGACAUCGACACCAAGAUCUGCCGCCGCGCCACCGGCAGGGGCCGCUGCGACCUGCUGCAGGCGCUGCCCGCCACCGAGUUCGCCAGCCUGAACGGCGACGUGCGGCUGCUCACCCCCGGCGCCGUGGAGGGCUGGUCCGACCUGGUGCACUGCCCCUCGCAGCGCCUGCUCGACCGCCUGGUGCGCCGCUACGCCGAGACCAAGGACUCGGGCAGCUUCCUGCUGCGCAACCUCAAGGACUCGGAGCGCAUGCAGCUGCUCAUCACCCUCGCCUUCAACCCCGAGCCGCUUGUGCUGCAGAGUUUUCCAUCUGAUGAGGGUUGGCCAUUUGCGAAGUACUUGGGAGCAUGUGGAAGGAUGGUGGCUGUCAACUACGUGGGAGAAGAGCUGUGGAGUUACUUCAAUGCACCGUGGGAGAAACGAGUGGAUCUGGCCUGGCAAUUAAUGGAAAUAGCUGAGCAGCUGACAAAUAAUGACUUUGAAUUUGCACUCUACCUCCUUGAUGUCAGCUUUGACAACUUUGCAGUGGGACCAAGAGAUGGGAAAGUUAUCAUUGUAGAUGCAGAAAACGUUCUGGUGGCAGACAAAAGAUUGAUCAGACAGAAUAAACCUGAGAACUGGGACGUGUGGUACGAGAGCAAGUUUGACGACUGUGAUAAAGAAGCUUGUCUGUCCUUCUCUAAGGAGAUCCUUUGUGCUCGUGUCACUGUGGACCACAACUAUUACGCCAUUUGUCAGAACCUUUUGUCCAGACAUGCCACGUGGCGAGGCACCUCGGGGGGGCUCCUGCACGACCCCCCAGCUGAGAUUGCCAAAGAGGGGCGCCUGGAGGCCCUGCUGGAUGAGUGUGCCAACCCAAAGAAGAGAUACGGCCGGUUCCAAGCCGCCAAGGAACUGCGGGAGUACCUUGCACAGCUCAGUAACAACGUGAGGUAGUCCACAGUGAAAUUCUUUUGCAACACUGGCUAAAACACUAUUGCAAAGACACGCAGAAAACAGAAGUUUUGGACUCUGUUAAAAAGAGAGCAUAAAAAAACCCUAGUUUAUCAGUUUUCUAAAUACUGUAAAAAUAGAAUUUUAUGGUGUUAUAAUGUUCCUUUGCAAACAAACAAGGUACUUACUGAAUUAAAACUUGAGCUACUAUUGACUGUCCUCCCUGACUGUUUAAAAGGGAGUAGGUCACAAAAGACUGUGAUAGCUUAAUUGACAGCUUGUGUGUCAAAGGGUACUUUACCUAAAACUGCAUUAGUGUCACAGUUUUGUGAAACUGAUGUUCUUACUUGGAAAGUCAAGUUUGACUGGUGGCCUGUUUUAAAGGCCUUUUUCCUGACAUCAUUGUCUCAUUUUUGUGUUUAUUUAAACACCUUGAAGUGGCAUUUACAUCCAGGUAAACCUAGCUGUCUGCAUUGUUUCAAACUGAACAGGCUUUCAUGUUAAUGCUGUGCAGAACAUUCCUACUGUGAGUGCAGAAUUCCUGAGUUUACUGUCUGAUUUUAGGGGGUUUUACACUGUAUUUUACUAUGCUUAGACAUUGUGGUUUGUUUUUUUAAGAUGAUCAUAAGCUCAAAUCUCACUUGAACUAACAUUCAUUUAAUGUCUUCUGUGGUUCUAUCAUUGGAAAUAUCACUUAAUGUAGCUAUUGUACAAAACUUACCCUUCAUGCCAGUAUAUACACUAGGCUGUUUAACAGAAAAUCAUGAUAUGAGCAAACUCUUAUUUUUAACAGAUAAUUUGAAAAUUGGAAAGACACUACAACAAAAAGAUCUGUGUUGAUUUACAUUUGGGAUAGAAGAUUGACUAAAAGUAAAAAAAAAUCACUAAUCUGAUGUAGUUUUAGUGUAAGCCAAAGAAAAUGGUUUUGUUUACUAGUUUUUUGAACAUACAGUAAACUAAGAAUGUUAUACUGUAGUGAAACGAAUAAUUUUCAAAAUUCAGAUUUUGGUGGUCCUUGACUGCUUUAUGAAGAACUUCUGAAACUGUGUACUUAUGCUGGAGAAAACCCUAAUUUGAAUAGUGUCAAGCAAGUUAGCAGUUUGUUUUACAUCCUUCCUAAGUGUGUUGAAUGGAAUUUUCUGAAUAUUCAUCUUUUGGUUUACCAGUAAGCUGUACUCACUCUAGGUACUUUUCUUGAACUAAGUUUAGCUAUUCCCAGUACAGUUGAAAUUGACUUGUUGAGGUUUGUGUAAAUAUGGAGUUGUUCUCAUAAAUCACAGUUUUUAUAAAAGCCUCAGUUACUGCUACAAGAACUCACUUGAAAGCUUGCUCCUCGUUGCUCCUCAGUUUUUGGUUUUGCUUUUUUCUUUUUUUUUUUUACAACUACUAUGCUUAAUUUUCCUGAAAUCUUGUUCAUGCAAAGAUGCUCUUAGGAAAUGUGUGCAUAUUACUUCUGGUAACAGUAAUAUGAAGUAGACAAAUAUUUCUUAAAUGAGUGUAUAAAACACUAUUUUGUACAAGCUAAACUUAAUUCUGAGCAAGGUAACGUGUGCUACUUCCAAGAGCAGAGCUGCUCUGCCUCCUGCACUGCAUCGGAGCCUAAUGGAAAUUGUUCUGCAGGUGAGGAAAAUGGCAAACUCCCUGACUUGCCCUCCUUUCUGAAAGCUCCUGGAGCCACACAGAGAUGCAGAGUGCUCUUUGAUUUCUUAGGUUAUUGUAUUUUGAGGACAUGGUUUAAUGGUGAACAUGGUGGUGGUGCUGGGUUGCUGGCUGGACUUGUUGAUCUUAAAGGUCUUUUCCAAUUUUAAAGAUUCUAUGAUUAAGGAUAUUUUGGAAUAGGAAAUUCUCACUCUUAUGUCAUCGUUGCCUCUGUAGUCUUAAUUUGUUCCCAGUCCUUUGUCUUGUUUUUUGAAGGUAGAAUGCCCAGUGCAGCUUUUAAUUUUAAUUUCUCCCCUCAUUUGAAGAGUUUUUUGUGCUUGUUCUGGCACAAGCUGUUGGAGAACAGUCAUGUUACUUUUCUUCAUAAAAUCCACUUAUUUGAAGAAAAUAGACUAACCCUCAGACUAGGUACUACGAUGCCUUAAGUUUUAGCUUUCAUAUUUUCCAGAUUCUGUACUGCAUUAGUAUAUAACGCUGAACUUCAUAUAAAGUGUUAGCAAGUUCUCUUCACAGUUUAGUCAGACAAAACAAUCCUUUUCCAGCCCAAGAACCAAGGACACCGUUGCAGCUUCAGGCACUAAAAGUGUAAACAGGGAGCUGAGGAGAGCAAUCUGGGAGGAUGGGACUGCAUAACCUGGAGCUGUGAUUGGACAAUUGACCCCAACAUGGAAAUGGACCAAAACUUAUAAAAGUGGGAAAACUCUUGGCCUGGUGUCCAUGUUGGGUGGAGCCACUUGUAUUGCCAAGGGUGUAUCCUUUGAAGGCCUUUUAAUAAAUCCCUACUUUAUUCCUUUAACACUGUCUAGCCUCUUUAACACUGUUUUAGGUCGCCUCUCAAGGCAUCACUACCACCCUACCAUAAAAGCCUUGACUUAGCACUACAGUUGAGUUUUAAAUGUCUACCACAUUUUCCAAAGAGAGAGUGGACUGUGAUUGUUGAAGUUGUGAAAGAAUCAAACACUGCCAGUUUUGGUUACUACUUGAGUCAGUUCUGUGACUGUCAGAAUGUUCUCUUAGAUUUUGUUUGGGGUUUAAUCCCUCCAGAAACAAGUUACUAAAGCCACUUGUAAAAGGAACUUGGAAGUUAAAGGAAGAUAAACCCCAAAACCCCCACUACAACAAAAACACUACAGGGAAAACAUUGUGGAGAGCAAUAAAUCUUGUUCCAUUUGCACCUGUCAGAUAUUUAUUGUACAAUAACAAUUUAUAUUUUUAGUCAUUGCCCAUUAUUAUUGAUGAACAUGGUGAAAUAUUUUUGAAUGAGAUGUUUGGGGUUUGUAUGUGCAUUAAAAUUGUCCUUUUGUACUGUAAGUUACUGUUUGUUUGGAAUACUUUAUCAAAACUGUCUCCCUGUGCCUUUAUAUUACGAGAAAGUUGUUUCUGCAACUUCUAAUGAUAUUAAUAAAGAAUACUUUAAGAACCUCA